AUGGUAGAAAGUCUAUUUCCCUUGCCAGAGAGAGGGGUAAGGCUUUCCAAUAACACAAAGCAUAACAACAAACACACACACACACUCAUAAACACAAUGUGCUCAGCAGGCGGUAUCAGAAGACCUAUCCAGAUCGAAGAAUUCAAAACGGCGAUAAGCGGUAUGUCCGACAUGGAAUUGGCACAGAUCAAAAAGGAAAUCGAGAAUAGUAUCAAUCACUUGCAGAGGUCCAGUGCUCGCUUGGGUAAGUACAUUGCCAAGCUGGAGGGCGAUGAGGAGCGUCUCGAUGCGGACGACAGCGACGACUUAGAGAACAUCGACUCGGGGGACCUGGCGCUAUACAAGGACUCCGUCAGAGAAAACGACAUCGUGCUUAACAACUACAACGAAAGAGUGGACGCGUUGGAGCAAGAAACCGUGUACAGGAAGACGGGCCACGGCAAGAGCAAGCACGAGGCGGAUGCAAAGGACAAGACUAGUAAAGGCACCGACGUCGACAUGGACAACACUAACGUCGACGUGGUGACCCCAAACAGCAUAUUCAUUUGA